AGUAGCUUCUUGGACAAGUCUUUCUGUCACACUGUCAGGUAGUGGUGAAUUUGUUUGUCCAAAGCGCAGGCAGAGAUGGACAUGGCAGACUACAGCGAGGCUCUGGACCCAGCAUACACCACGCUGGAGUUUGAAAACAUGCAUGUGCUUGCUAUGGGUGCAGACUCGUCACCAGCUGAGAGCACCAACAUGAGCUCCACCGGCCACUUAACGGCAGGCAGCCUGUGUGCCAUAUGUGGAGACAGAGCCACCGGCAAGCACUACGGCGCAUCCAGCUGUGACGGCUGCAAAGGCUUCUUCAGGCGCAGCGUCCGCAAAAACCACAUGUACUCGUGCAGGUUCAAUAGACAAUGUAUUGUGGAUAAAGACAAGAGAAAUCAAUGCAGAUACUGCAGACUCAAGAAGUGCUUCAGGGCUGGCAUGAAGAAAGAAGCCGUGCAGAACGAAAGAGACAGAAUCAGCACCAGGAGAUCCAGCUAUGAAGACAGCAGUUUACCGUCCAUCAAUGCACUCAUUCAGGCAGAUGUCUUGUCAAGACAGAUCACCUCCCCUGCUCCUAUCCUGAACGGCGACAUUCGGACCAAAAAGAUCGCCACCAUCACAGAUGUGUGCGAGUCCAUGAAACAGCAGCUUCUGGUGCUAGUGGAGUGGGCCAAAUACAUUCCGGCCUUCUGUGACCUGCCCCUAGAUGACCAGGUGGCAUUGCUUCGAGCUCAUGCUGGAGAGCAUCUGUUGCUUGGUGCUGCAAAACGGUCGAUGCUAUAUAAAGAUAUUCUCCUAUUGGGAAAUGACCACAUCAUUCCCAGGAACUGUCCAGAACUAGAGGUGGGCCGGGUAGCUGUGAGAAUCCUGGACGAGCUGGUGCUUCCCUUUCAGGAACUUCAAAUAGAUGACAGUGAAUAUGCCUGCUUGAAAGCCAUAGUUUUCUUUGACCCAGAUGCAAAGGGUCUGAGUGACCCGGGGAAGAUCAAACGGAUGCGGUACCAGGUUCAGGUCAGCCUGGAGGACUACAUCAACGACCGACAAUACGACUCCCGCGGACGUUUCGGGGAGUUGCUCUUAUUGCUGCCGACCUUACAGAGCAUCACCUGGCAAAUGAUUGAACAAAUUCAAUUUGUCAAACUUUUUGGCAUGGCCAAGAUUGACAAUCUUCUCCAGGAAAUGCUUCUCGGAGGUUCUGCCAAUGAAGCUCCACAUGCACCUCAUUCUCUUCACCCUCAUCUUGUUCAGGAGCAUCUCAGUAGCAACGUCAUUGUCACAAGCAACAUGCCAACGCCCAUCCAUAAUGGACAAAUUUCCACUCCGGAAACUCCAAUACCAUCCCCACCUACAGCCUCUAGCUCAGAACAUUAUAAAAUAGCCCAAGGGGUCAUAGCCACCGUGCCUAAACAGCAAACCUCUAUUCCUCAACCGACCAUUACCAAGCAAGAAGCCAUCUAACAGCCCUGCUCGCCGCUUGGAGUCUUUAUUCGUUCAGUUUUUAUACUGUUAGACAAGGGUCUUGAUUUGUAACUUUCCGAGGCUUAAAGCUGUCAACUUGACAUAAACAAAGUAUCUAACUGCCUUGAAAGUAAUUACAAUAUUGUCCCUUGCUGUUUCUAGUUUCUAGUCUACUGGGAUCCACUUUAUACAUGCAGUUUAAUGCUACAGAAAAAAAAAGUAUCAACGCUAUUUAUCGUUCUGUAUGAUUGGCAUUUAGAACAUGGUUGUGUACAGUAUAUAGAUUUUUGAAAGGCUUACAUCGCUUUCAUUUGCAUGGACUCAGUGUGUGCAGAAAAGCUUAAGCUUGACACGGCGAUGAAGUCAUGUCAGUAUUUUAUGAAUGUUACAGGGCUUUGCAUUCUGUCUGGUGUUGUGUGUCUUUACAUUUCAUGUCCACGAGUGAUGUAAUUGUGUGGAGUCACAUUGCAUUUUAUCAAAGCUUACGGAAAAAAAACACAUGUUAAAAACCGCUUAUCUUGUUAUGCUAGAUCUGUGUAACAAAACUCAAAUAUAUGUUUGUUUUAUAUGCUAAAAAUAAGUCCUGCUUUUAAAAAUAUUUUUUAUGAAGCAGGAACACUGAGGAUGUUCCCCAGGAACAUGUGGGUUUUUGUUUUUUUAAAGAAAAUUGUAUAUUUUUGUUUAGUACUUUUAAGUCAUGUUUUAACUGAUAAUAAAUUGUGCCUUGUAACCUGUGCUGCCUUACAACCAUGCAAUGUGUUGCCAUACAAUGUGAAGAUGAACUAAUAAAUCAAGGUCUA